GGGCCGUCGGGGAGGGCGCGCGCGGCGGCGUCCGCGGCCGAGCGGUGCUUCCUCGGGGGCUGCGCCGCGCACCUGCGGGGGGAGGGCGGCCUGGCAGUGGCGCUGCUGCGCGACAGCCUGCUGCAGGACGUCGGAGCAGGACGGCCGAGACGGCGCGCGCUGGCACUUCUACGCGGGCGUGCUGCUCAAGGCCGCGGCGGCGGGCGGGGGCGCCGCCGAGGAGCUGGCGGGGCUGGCCGAGGAGGCACUGCGGCGCGCCGUAAGCCUGGGCCACGCCGCCCUCAGGAGCUCCUGCUUGGACCUGGAGGCGCUGCUGUGGGAGAGGGGUGACCUGGCGGGCUGCCGCGAGGCUCAGGGGCGACGUUAACGUUUGAUUCGUAGUAGGUCGACUCUUGCAAAUCAAGAGUGCGUUCGUGUCCUGUGCUUCG